AUGCACGGCCAGCCUCCCUCCGCUUCGGGCAACAUAGAUCCGCCCAAGAACAUUGCGCAACACACCCCUGGAACCCCUCCUCUAUAUCCAAACGAUCUCGCCGCAACAAGUUUUCGUUUGGAGCCUACCAAUGAUGAAUCGAAGUACACCCCCGGUCUUUGGUCCUCUGGAGGCAGCACUGCGGUGUCUCUCUCCGGCAUCCCGACCCAAGAAGCCAACACAAUGCCGGCAACUCUUUCGCGCCACUUCCGAGCAAAUAUAGACACCACGCAUACCGACAUCGUUCUAAUAAUAUGCGGUUUUGUUGGUGGAUUGGUGGAUGGUUUAUCAUUCAAUGCAUGGGGAAGUUUUUCAAGUAUGCAGACAGGAAACACGGUGUUCUUGGCUCUCGGUGCGUCUGGCCAGCCUUCCUACCCGGCGUAUCUUUGGGCGAAGUCCUUGAUUGCCAUCUCCGUCUUUAUCGCAAGCAAUGUCUUCUUCAUCCAUAUGCAUCGAAUCUUGAAUCCCCGACGCCGCUCAACGAUGAUAAUUUCAUUUGGCAUCCAGACUCUCGCUCUCCUGGCUACUGCUGUUCUCAUCCAGCUCGACGUUAUUAACCCGAAGCCUGAGGAUCCCCGCGUCCCAAUAGAGUGGAUGCAAGUCCUACCAAUUUCACUUUUAUCAUUCCAAGCAGGCGGCCAGAUCUGUGCUUCAAGGAUCCUCGCACUAGAUGAAAUACCGACAGUAGUCGUGACAACACUCUUAUGUGAUCUUCUUGUUGAUCCUAAAUUGACUGCAAAAUUCAAUCUAAAGCGGAAUCGCCGGAUAGGAGCAUUCCUCGCAUUGUUUUUUGGCGCUAUGACAGCUGGUGGACUCUACAAGUCUACAGGUAUGGCAAGUAGUAUAUGGCUUGCCAUGGGGUUGAAGUUGGCAAUCACCUUGGGACAAUAA